GCAGCGCAGAGAACGAGAACGCAGCGCUUCGUCAGGACGCGCAGAGAAAUCACCGACAAGAUACAGCACGCAACUGCCGAGUUUCAUAGAUUUAAAUGUCUCUUUCAUCAACUUCGGGAUAUUUGUUCUUGUGUGGCGCUCCACAUAUUUGGGCUUCCUCUCAGCUUAAGAUCAGAGAGUCAUUUGCAGCGUUAGGGAGGGACGCGCAUCUGUAAGGAUGAAAGCGCCGACAGAAGAAACGCUGCAAAACUGAUCGAUGACUGAUUAUUAGAUUAGUUGAUGAUUAAUUCAUAGCUCUCACACUGAUGACAUCUGCAGAAAUGGAUCGACCUCUAUCAAAAUCCGAGCGCAGAAACAUGGACACAUGUUUAAGGAGAUUAAGACAUGAACUGCUCUCUAUGAAGGAGGCCGGUGAUGGACUCCAUGCUCAGAUGAACUGUAUGAUGGGAGCACUACAAGAACUGAAACUCCUACAGGUUCAAACUGCACUUGAGCAACUAGAGAUCUCAGGAAAGCCUGGCACUAUGGCUCAACCAGCUGUAGAACUACCUAACCCCAGCGCCAACCCAGACAACCAGAGAAUCAAGCCAAUCAGGACCUCAGUUAAAGAAGAGCAGCACCCAUCCCAGCAUGCCCAUCGCAGCAAGUUGGGGACAUCGCCUUCAUCCUCCAGCCUGGACAAUGAGAGCAUUCCUCUGGCCAGACAAAUCUCAGGAUACACAGCCCUAAAUGUGGAGUACUGCAGCCCAAAGUUGGGCCACCUUUCUGUACAACACCACAACAACCAGCAGUAUUUGUCUGAACCAGCGCAGUUGGUACCUCCAGCCCAGGAGUUGGACCUUCCUGGAAUCCUAUACAGCCUAUCCCGGGAGGGACCGUCCCUUGACAGUUACUACACAGAGGACAGUAUGGACGACUCCAGUGACUGGACAUCCUCACUCAUGAGUCAGAGGCGCAAUCGUCAGCCUCUUGUUCUGGGAGACAAUGUCUUUGCUGACCUAGUAGGAAACUGGCUGGACCUUCCCGAUUUAGAAAAAGACUGUCAGGGCCUCAACAGACCAGACUCUCCAGCCCACCCGCUCAGGCUCAGUCGCUCCCAGGAGCUCUGUAAAAGGUUCUCACUGACCACCAACAUCUUCAAGAAGUUUCUACGUAGUGUACGUCCCGAUCGGGAUAAACUGCUGAAGGAGAAGCCUGGAUGGAUGCCACCAGACCACAAUCCUGAGGCUGGACUCUUCAAGAGACCCAAGAAGGCUGACAGCAAAUCCAAGGAUAGCUUUUACUUACCAUUCUGGGCAGGAGGACAGCUGGGAAAGGGACGGUCAUGUCCUCAGCCAACAGAGGAGAUGGGUCACUUUCUAGGUCUAAACAUUGACAGCAGUCAAAAAGAUCAUGUAGACAAAGUCAAUACCUUAUUUGACUAUAAUGCAGCUGUUUGGGUUUAGAGGGGUGCAAAUGAAAAAGUUUAGUCUUGAACCAGAAGUUGCAUAAGACAUAGCAGUUUUAUUUUAGUUCUCAUAAACUCUUAACAUGACAAUCAUUUGGAACCCUCAGGGUAUGUAAGCAGGUCUUCCUUUUAAAUAUGUAGCUUUAAAGCUGCAUUUAAAAUAUUCCAGUAAAAGUUGUAAAAGCAAAGAAGUCUUCCACAGCUAUGCAUUUACUAUUUCAUCCUCAUAAUGCCGUAUGUUUCUAAAAUAUAUAUAUAUAUAUAUAUUCCGCUGUAUUCUCACCUCUGAUGUUGUCCAGAUUCCCAUCUCUUCAAGUCAAUGUGCAUGUUUACUGGUUUCUUUGUGAUGUGGUGUGUUUAGUUUCCAAUCAUUAAUCUUACCUUGUGUUUGAGCACAGUGACUUCUGUUGCCAGACUGUUGUAUUUUCAGGGACUUUAGAUUCCAUUUAAAAUUAGUCUACACUUGGCUCAUAGUCCAUAAAUAUCAAGACUAAUUUGUGUCAACAAAUGUUACUGUAGCUCCUGCUUAUAUUUUCUCUGAUGUUACAUUAUGCAUGGAACACUGAAAGAGACCUACUAUCAGGGUUGGGAGGGUUACUUUUGAAAUGUAUUCCACUACAGAUUACAGAAUACAUGCUGUAAAAUGUCAUUUGUAACGUAUUCUGUUAGAUUACUCAAGGUCAGUAACGUAUUCUAAAUACUUUGGAUUACUUUUAGAUUUUUUUCACUUGUUUUGACUAUAAUAACUCUGCCAGUACAGUAAGACAAAAUACACAUGUUAAAAAUACAUUCUCUGAAAAACCUAAAUAUCUUAUGCAGUGUUGUUUCUAAAACACGAUAAAUCAAACUGAUCUUGUUUUAAGGAUUUUUUAGAUAUUUUUACAGGAAAACAAUAAAAAAAAUUAUCAAGAAUACGAUUUUUGCCUUAAUAUCAAAGGUCUUACUAGAAAAAAAGAAAUUAUGAUCCAACUUGAAUUUUCUUGAUAAAAAAAAUAUGAUCGUGCCUGGUAACAUAUACAUAUAAAUGUUUUCCAUCUGAAAGGACUAAAUAUUAAUUAAACAAAUGACAAUAAAAUGCAAAGUAAUCUCUUCAGUAAUCAAAAUACUUUUUGAAUGUAACUGUAUUCUAAUGAUCAAUUAUUUAAAUUGAAACUGCAGUGGAAUACAGUUACUUAUACUUUGUAUUUUAAAUAUGUUAUUCCAUUACUCCCCAACCCUGCCUACUAUAACGUCAGGUCCAGCCUUCUGUAAAAAUGAACUUGCUAUCAAGCCAUUUUAAAUCAACCCUAAGCUCCACUAUCGACCUUUCAUGCAUAUACAGUGGCCCCAAAAGUAUUUGGACACUUAAGUCACACUUAAAAAUUUGUCAAUGCAUUAGAUAAUAAAAGAUCAAACCAAGUGUCAUCCACAAACAAAUGAUGCUAGAUCUGUUCUCAGAGCUAACUUCACUUAAAGAACUUAAAGUUCUCUUUAUUUUUUCCAUUAUUUAUUUUAGUUAGUGAACAGUUAACAGCAUUUUACUGUCAGCAUUUUUCUUUGUAAUAGAUUUAUUAGAUCUGCCAGAAUGGGAAAGUUUUCUUUAGAACAAAAUUUUGAUUUGAUAAGUAUAUAUGGUUUCCAUUUUCUAGCCCAAAUAGCAAUACUCAGAACUCACCACACUACCUUGAUCAUACUAUAAGAAAAGGCAAAUGAACAAAAGUCAUACAAACCUAUACAAAGAGUGUUUUUGUAUGUGGCCAAAUUUUUUAUUGAGGUGCAAUGAAAUUUUGCAGAUCAGAUUAUUAAGAAAAGCCUAUUUGAGAGGGCACCAUUAAAUAUUUUGUAAAAAAAAAGUUGAAAUUGCGAGAAAUAAAGUCACAAUUUUUAAA